AUGUAUACGCCGCGUUGGCUUUUAGAAAUUCUCGUUUCGUUGUUGUUGCAAAUUGUGGUGAAUGGAUGGAAUUUAAGGUACAUUACCGGACUGCUGAUGCCGUUUAAACAGAUGAUUGAGUUUCAGGAAAUUGUGUGGUUCAUCAGCCAAGAGUUGAGCACCGAGCACACACAUCAAAUGGACCAAUUCAUACGCAUAAUGGGAGAUUCCUAUGGCAUUACCCAGACAGUUGUCAACAACAACUCAGAGAUGCGAAUGAUUCGAUCUGCUGCCAGACGUAAUCACAUGAGCAUUGUGCUCACCACCGGCCAAAAGGAUCCAAUUAUGAAUGUGGUCAAUAAAGUCUUGCUUGGCAGACACUUUUACUUUAUCACAUUCAUGAUGAUGGACAAGAUUGAGGAUAUGGAGCCGGUGUACGAGAUAUGUCGGUUUCUCGGCGAAUAUCAAUACGAGAAUUCAUUGUUAUAUUUCGAAUCGAUGGAUGGUAAAAAUCAACUUUAUGGCACCUCCAUGUAUCCGGUUGUUCAAUUUGAGAAUCGCACAGAUGUCUUGGCAUUUUUUCAAAGGAAAAGCAAACAAAUGUUAAACGCGCAGGAUGUUCAAGGUUAUAGAUUUCCGACACCGUUGCGUCAGGAUCCGCCGCAUUUGUUUAAGGUGUGGGAGAAUUACGAGGGCAGCACCUACCGCAUCAUUGAAACCUUUGUGCAACAUCUCAACGGCAGCUUCAAGGAGUUGGAAAUGCCAAAGGAUGCACUUGGAGGUCAGGUGGUUAACAUGAAGCAAACUCUCGAGCUGGUGAGACAACGACGCAUUGAGUUCUCCGCCCAUGCCUAUGCUCUGUUCAAGUCGGAUGAGGAGCUGGAUAGGAGCUAUCCAUUGCUGGUGGUGCGAUGGUGUCUGAUGGUGCCGCUCUACAACAAAGUCUCCACCUAUUUAUAUGCGGUGCAACCUUUCGCUGGCACCGUUUGGUUCUUUGUGGUUGGCGCCUUUCUGGCCUUAAUCCUGCUGGAGUUGCUCUGGCUUUGGCUGGCAGCUGACAAUGCUGCAGCUUCCCUAAUUGUCGCCCUGCUCAACUCCUUUUGCUACAUCAUCAAUAUUGCCACAGGACGACAAUUGUUGCAGCCGUCGAAGCUGCGAUUUCUGCUACUCCUUGCAGUCUUUUUUCAUGGCUUCUUCUUGUCCGCCAAUUAUACAUCCACCCUGGGCAGCAUUCUGACCGUGAAUCUCUUCCACGCUCAGCUCAACACCAUGGAGGACCUUUUGCAGGCCCAACUGCCAGUCAUGAUCAUCGACUAUGAGUUGGAGUUUCUUUUGCAAAUCUACUCGGAUCUCUCGCCAGAAUUUCGCAAUCUAUUACGGCCUGUAGACAGCGCGAUUUAUGCCCAACAUCAGAUUGGAUUUAAUAAUUCGUAUGCCUACUUUGUGACCGAGGACAAAUGGCAGUUUUUGGAUGAACAACAGAGGCAUCUGAAGCAGCGACAAUUCAAGUUUAGCGACAUUUGUUUUGGCUCCUUCCAUCUGGCCUAUCCCAUGCAGAUGGACUCCUCCCUCUGGCGGGAUCUGGAGUAUUAUACCUACCGAGUUCACUCCUCGGGGCUGCAUAAUUAUUACGCCCAAAUAAGCUUCGAGUCUGCUCUUCGUGCUGGUCUCGUUCAGCGCUUAAGUGAGAGCCAGGAAUACACAUCGGCGGGUCUACAACAUCUGGCAAUUGCAUUUAUUUUCCUUCUGACCAUGGCUGCUAUUGCGGUUGUUAUAUUCGGCCUGGAGCUGUUUUGGACUCGCAUUUUACUCUCUGGCAGGAAAAUUUCGAUUGUAUAG